AUGUCUCUAAUCAAAUUCAUCGCUGCUGUCUUGACUCUUGUCAUCAUCGAGGCUGUUGUAAUGGUUGAAGUCAACGCAGCCGUCGCUCAAGAUUUUUCACCCAUCAAUCACGCCUUGGCUCGACGAGACCUUCCUCCUUGCAAGCAGAUUUGGCCCACAGAACAGGCUCCUACCGAAGACCAGCGAGUUUACGACUUGAAUGUAGACAUCAAAGCAGUCAAAGGACCAGGAUGGCGUCCGUCAGUCUGCGACAAAGCGUUUUGGAACUGUGUAUAUGUCCAGGCAGGGGUUAACCCAGCCAGAGGAGGGUUUUCUUUGGCCGCUAGAUUUCCCCUUGAUGAUGGUACUCAUGUUGAGGUUUAUAGGUACUGGCAAUCGACCAUUCAGUGGACUGCAAACGGUGGUACCGUGAACUCUUAUAUGGCACACGGUGUUGAUUAUGUUUGCGUUAAAGGUACACUGGCAGUUCAAUUUGUGUCGAGCGGAAGAAAACUUGUUGGAAACCCCAAAACUCCCAACGAAUUUACCUGCGAGUGUCACUAUCCACUUGAUGAAGAUAAAGUUAUAUUCUUCGAUUGAUCCAUAGUAAAUUCUUAUUGAAUGAGACCUUGGUCCUUUUACCAAACAUCAAGAAUUCAAAAGCCUUACUGAUCAAGAUCAACUUAUCCUUAAAGUCGCUAUCAUUUUCAGAUUUAAUUGGACUCUUGGCAUUUUUAUCUCAACCGGACUAAAUAUAUAUAAUCACUCAAAGAGAGCGUCUUCAUUAUUGUCCAACACAUUACUUUAAACUUCCUUGGCUCAACCUCACGCUGUAAUCGGUCGCAUCCGGAAUUUUCUUGGGUUAUUCAAAUCUUCUGUUCUAAAUUUUAUAUCAUAAUGUCUGUUUUAGUACAAACGUAGAUCUGUAAGAUUUGAGAGGAUUACACAGAUGGACUUUCACGUGUUAUGAGGUCAUCCAACACCUUUAGCUACUAUAGGGCCAUAUAAAUAGUGUAGUUACCUCGUCCUUCUGUAUCUUUUUAAGUUAUUAUCUUGUUCCUUUAUUUUUGUCAAUAUCAACCUCAUAAACAACUUGAAGAGUUAUGCACCUU